AUGUCCGUCGAGAAAGAGAGAGAAACCCAAGUUUACAUGGCCAAACUUUCUAAACAGGCUAAGAGAUAUGAACAAAUGGUUGAAUGUAUGAAGAAAGUUAUGAAACUUGAUGUUGAACUAACUGUGGAAGAGAGGAACCUUCUCUCGGUUGGAUAUAAAAACGUCAUUGGUGCACGAAGAGCCUCAUGGCGUAUUAUGUCGUCAAUUGAGCAGAAGGAACAAUCCAAGGGUAAUGAACACAAUGUUAAACUAAUCAAGAACCAAGAAGAGGGAUUCUUUGCGGAAGAACACUGCGGUUGUGUUGAGGGUCUGAAGAACAGGGGUCACGUUCGUUAG